UGGCCGUUAGGGGGAGCCACCGAAAUGUAAGCGAGGCGAGAAAUUCAAAAGGUUUGUUGAUGGAUUUGGGAAUCAUGUCGGCUCACGACCAGCUGGUAGUAUGUUUGUGCGAAAUAACAAGGUUGCUGUGGAUGCUGCUGUUGCCACUGGCGGUUCUGUGCGCGUUGUCGAUCGCCGUUCUGGUUCUUCUGGUCCUGGGCGUGCGCCUCUGGCUGCAGGGCAUCAGGAAUGCACGGCGAGCGAGAGACGGAUGCCCCACGGUGGCCUUUUUCCAUCCGUACUGCAACGCGGGCGGUGGGGGGGAGAGGGUGCUUUGGUGUGCCAUCAGAGCGCUGCAGAGCAGGUACCAGGACAUAAACGUGGUGGUUUACACCGGCGACCUGGGUGUGAGCGGUCGUUUGAUUCUGGAAGGAGCUCGACGCCGUUUUAACAUCGCGCUGCCCCGCCCCGUUCACUUUGUGUUCCUGCAGCACCGCCUGCUGGUGGAGCCGGGGCUGUUUCCUCAUUUCACCCUGCUGGGGCAGAGCGUGGGCUCCAUCUUCCUGGGGUGGGAAGCCCUGAUGGAGUUUGUGCCGGACCUCUACAUCGACUCCAUGGGCUAUGCCUUCACUCUGCCUCUGUUCCGCUACCUGGGGGGCUGCCGCGUGGGGACCUACCUUCACUACCCCACCGUCAGCACCGACAUGCUCUCGGUGGUGAGAGAGAGGAACCCCAGGUUCAACAACCCGGACUACAUUUCAAACAGUCUGUUUCUGAGCGCCUUCAAGGUCGUUUACUACUUCCUGUUUGCGCUGCUGUACGGCAUGGCCGGCUCCUGCAGCGACCUCACCAUGGUCAACUCCUCCUGGACCUUAAACCACAUCCUGUCGUUGUGGCGCUCCCCCAACCGGACCUGCCUGGUCUACCCGCCCUGUGAUGUCGGCGCUUUCCUGGACAUCCCGCUGGAGGAGGAGGAUGGCGGCGGCAGGAAGAGCCACUCCCUGGUUUCCGUGGGGCAGUUUCGUCCGGAGAAGGACCACCAGCUGCAGAUCAGAGCCUUUAAGAAAGUCCUGGACAGGAGGAGAGCGGCACUGGGAGGCGAAGAGGCGCUGAAGCUGGUUCUGAUCGGGGGAUGCAGGAACCAGGAGGAUGAGGAGCGGGUCCUCAUGCUGAGGGGGCUGUGCCAGGAGUUGGGCGUGGCCGACAAGGUGGAGUUUAAGCUGAACAUCUCCUUUGAAGAUCUGAAGAAAGAGAUCGGAGAAGCUACGAUUGGACUCCACACCAUGUGGAACGAACACUUCGGAAUAGGUGUGGUGGAAUGCAUGGCGGCAGGAAAGGUGGUCCUGGCCCACAAUUCCGGAGGUCCAAAGCUGGACAUCGUUGUCCCUUUCGAAGGAGGCCAGACGGGCUUCCUCGCCAGCGACGAGGACAGUUACGCCGACGCCAUCGAGCGCAUUCUGGCUCUCCCCGCCGCCGACCGAUUACGGAUACGGCGCAACGCUCGUCAGUCUGCGGCCCGCUUCUCCGACGAGGAGUUCCAGGCGUGCUUCCUGGCGGCCAUGGAGCCUGUGAUGGUCAUGCUGGACCGAUGAGUCAGGCCGCAUUUAUGACUCAACUGCUGACAAACUUGCCCAACAAUGUACUUUUUUUUCCCAUAAUUAUAAAGCAUUGAAGAUGUUUACAAGACAAACCAUCCACGGCACUGCAUUUUGAAGAAAUGCAUUCUUAUCGUGUCAUUUUUUCAAAAACUUCCUAAAGUUUCUUAGUUUCAGUCUGACCUGUCUUCACCUUUAGGCUGCAAACAUUUACGGCACGUCGACAUCAGGUCUUUUAUUUAACUGAAAACUUUUAAGUUGGUUCGUUGACUCGAACUUGAAAUCUGCUCUGCUGUAUUCAUUUUCGCUGACAUCAGUCGCAUUAAAUGCUUUCUUUCUCGUUUCUUCUGGGCCUCCAGGACCUGGAAAAAAAAAAGAAAAACCCUGAUCCGUGUCAGAAGUGAAAGCUCCACCUCUGAACUCAAGACAAUGCUCUAAAAAAAAAAAUGCAACAAACGAUUCAAAAAGUAGUCAUCGUUGAUGCUUAGAAUGGAGAUUGAUUUGAAAUCAGUCCAAUAAAUGUAAACUUUCAUGAUAAAAUGUCAAAAAAACGUGA